ACGUCUCUCUUUCUUUCCUUGAAUACAAAAAAAAAACAUUAUGGCGGAAAAAUACGACCGUGCCGGUGAGAUAAAAGCAUUCGACGAGAUGAAGAUCGGCGUGAAGGGUCUCGUCGACGCCGGAAUCACAAAAGUCCCACGCAUUUUCCAUAACCCGCAUGCUAACGUAGCAAACCCUAAGCCUUCCUCGACGGUGGUGAUGAUUCCAACAAUCGAUCUUGGAGGUGGCGUGUUCGAAUCCACGGUCACGCGAAAGAGUGUGGUUGCGAAGGUUAAAGACGCAAUGGAGAAGUUUGGAUUUUUCAAAGCUAUUAACCAUGGGGUUCCACUUGAUGUGAUGGAGAAUAUGAGAAAUGGUAUUCGUGGGUUUCACGACCAAGAUCCAGAAGUGAGGCAAAUGUUCUAUAGUCGAGACAAAACCAAAAAGGUUAAGUAUAACUCUAAUGCUGAUCUCUAUGACUCUCCUGCUGCGAGUUGGAGAGAUACCUUAAGUUGUGUAAUGGCUCCUGAUGUUCCAAAAGCAGAGGACUUACCAGAGAUUUGUGGGGAGAUCAUGUUGGAGUACUCAAAGAAAGUGAUGAAGUUAGCGGAGUUAAUGUUUGAACUUUUAUCAGAAGCUUUAGGGUUGAGUCCUAACCACCUCAAAGAAAUGGAUUGCACAAAAGGUUUAUUGCUGCUCUGUCAUUGUGUCCCGCCCUGUCCUGAGCCAAACCGAACAUUCGGCGGCGCUCAGCACACAGACAGAUCUUUCCUUACUAUUCUUCUUCACGACCACAUUGGAGGACUUCAAGUUCUCCACGAUGGAUACUGGAUCGAUGUUCCUCCUAAUCCCGAAGCUCUUAUCUUUAACCUUAUAACGAAUGACAAGUUUGUAAGUGUGGAGCACAGAGUUUUGGCAAAUGGAGGUGAAGAGCCGCGCAUUUCGGUCGCGUGUUUCUUUGUACAUUCUUCACCAAGUUCGAGAGUAUAUGGACCCAUUAAAGAGCUUUUGUCAGGCAUGCAAAACCCUUCCAAAUACAGAGACACCACUGCUGAAGCCUCCAAUCAUCACUAUGUGGCUAGAAAACUUAAUGGGAAUGCUUCGUUGGACCAUUUAAGGAUCUGAGGUUCCUUGAGUUUCCAAUAAAAUCUGUGAAGUACC